AUGAAAGCUCCCGAAGGAGCCAUGAGAACGGCUGUUCUCUCAGCCGCCGUGCUGAGAGGGACGGCGAUAGGAGAGCGGACCAAGGCCGCGAAGAAGGACAAGCGGGGUCAGAGCGCCAGAGAAGAAGAGCAAGAGGGCGAGGAACUUCCUGGAACUGCAGCAGACGGAGACACUAAAGAGGGACUUCAGGAGCCUGAUCGAGACGGUGUGCAGCACACUGCCUGCGACAACGAUCAUUUUGUCAGGACCACUUCCCACAUAUCAACGAGGACACGAAAGGUUUUAAUUUUGCUGUCCAGAGCCCUUCUCCUAGUCUCUCUGCUUCAUCUUUAUUCUCAAAGUGUGGAGUGUGAGUCUGUGGACAUUAACACUCUGCACGAAAUUACAAGAUUCUUUCAUCAGAAUUAUGAAAUAGGGCAGUAUGCAGUAGCCAUCAAUGUCCCAGAGGAUCAGUGUAAGAAAGGUUUCAAACCGUCAACAUUCCUGAGAGAAGACAGAAAUGUAGAUGUGAAAAAUAUCAUAAGUGCUCAUACAAAUCCAGUUUAUGAAGGCAGAGAACUCAUUGCUGCAGGUGUACAGACGACACCAAACCCUGCUCAUUCAGAGUUUUUACUGAUGAACCCUCCAAAUAAGUCACCCUUGACAAGAUUGUUGAAUAAGAGAAAGAAUGGUUGUGUGGUUUUCUACACCUUAAACACUCCCUGUAUGAACACCUGUCUCAAUGACAGAAGCAAGUUCAACAUUAUAGGUGGGCUUAAUAAAUUAAAAAACUAUAUGGGAAUUAAAGCUUUUGCUUUCAAAAACAUCUGGAAUCAUGAUCAAAACAGAACAAAUGAGCUGAGAGAGAAACUUCAGAUGAUUGCUAAUCGCAUUCCACUCUACCGCUGUAAUAGUGAUAUUUGUACCCUUUGCGGAGAGCCACAGUCAAACAUUGAAAUAAAUGAUGGCUGUUUAAAUGAUUAACCCUUUUUUUGCAUAGCGCUGAGGUACUGAUGGUUAAUGACUCUCUUGCUUGAUUAAUUGUCUUAACUAAAAUUUCAGAUAUUCUGUCUGUGUAUACAUUGACUGAGAUGUGUUCUGUGUUAUUAA